GUUAGGAGCAAAAAACGAUACCCAGACAUAAAGAAACAAACAGAGGAAGAAAAGUGUGAGAAAGAGAAGGAAGAGAGAGAAGAGAGAGAGAGAGAGAAGGCGCCAGCCAGGGGCGGGGGUAGCGCGCGUGUUUAUAAAAACCCAGAUCUCGCACAGUGGGCGGGAACACCAAUUGGAGACAGAGAAGACCAGACAGACAGAGAGAGGGAGACGGGAGGAGGAGCAGAACCCGUGGAGGUGGCAGGCUAAUCGGGGUUCGUGGAGGGGGCGCGGAUGGUGCCCCUGCGUGCGUCUCCGUCCUUCCAUCUCGGCGCGCGCAUGGACGACCACCUCAGCCUCCUGAAAUCACCGCCGCCUUCCGUUACCAAGACCCACCAGGACCGCGACACACUCAUCAACCACGGAUAUACAGACACCGAUGUGAUGACUGUUGUCGCGUGCGGAGGAGACAACAUGCUCGAGGAGUCGGCGGCUCUACCGGGUCACCUCCCGUUAGACCGAUACGAACGGAACGAACCGGAUCACGAUUGCUGCGAGCGUGUAGUUAUCAACAUCUCCGGGCUGCGCUUUGAGACGCAGCUCAAGACUCUCUCCCAGUUCCCAGACACCCUGUUGGGUGACCCCAAGAAGAGGAUGAGGUACUUUGACCCUCUGAGAAACGAGUACUUCUUUGACAGGAACCGGCCCAGCUUCGAUGCCAUCCUCUACUACUACCAGUCAGGUGGUCGCAUUAGAAGGCCCGUCAACGUCCCUAUAGACAUCUUCUCAGAGGAGAUCCGCUUCUACGAAUUGGGGGAGGAGGCCAUGGAGAAGUUCAGGGAGGAUGAGGGCUUCAUCAAGGAGGAAGAAAGACCACUACCUGACAAUGAGCUUCAAAAACAGGUGUGGUUGCUGUUUGAGUACCCAGAGAGCAGUGGUCCCGCUCGGGGAAUAGCCAUCGUCUCGGUCCUCGUAAUCCUCAUCUCCAUCGUCAUCUUCUGUCUGGAGACGCUUCCGGAGUUCAGGGAUGACAACAAGGAGCCGGUCACCCUGGUCACCUCUGUGAACGGCACCGAGCUGUACUUCUCCUCUCCGUUCACCGAUCCAUUCUUUGUGGUCGAGACGUUGUGUAUCAUCUGGUUCUCUUUUGAGCUCCUAGUCCGGUUCUUCGCCUGCCCCUCUAAGGCCACCUUCUCCCGGAACAUCAUGAACAUCAUAGAUAUUGUGGCGAUCAUACCAUACUUCAUCACGCUGGGCACAGAGCUGGCGGAGCGCCAAGGGAACGGGCAACAGGCCAUGUCCCUGGCCAUCCUGAGGGUCAUCCGUCUGGUCAGGGUGUUCAGGAUCUUCAAGCUGUCCAGACACUCCAAGGGGCUCCAGAUCCUGGGCCAGACCCUGAAGGCCAGCAUGAGGGAGCUGGGCCUGCUCAUCUUCUUCCUCUUCAUCGGAGUCAUCCUCUUCUCCAGCGCUGUGUACUUUGCAGAGGCUGACGACCCGUUCUCGGGUUUCAGCUCCAUCCCAGACGCUUUCUGGUGGGCCGUGGUCACCAUGACUACGGUAGGCUACGGCGACAUGCACCCGAUCACCAUCGGCGGUAAGAUCGUGGGCUCUCUCUGCGCCAUCGCCGGCGUGCUGACCAUCGCCCUGCCCGUCCCGGUCAUCGUGUCCAACUUCAACUACUUCUACCACCGGGAGACGGAGGGCGAGGAGCAGGCGCAGUACCUGCACGUGGGCAGCUGUCAGCCGCUGGCGCUCGACGCCAAGGAGGAAGGGGAGCUGAGGAAGAGGAGCUCGGCUUCGUCGCUGAGCAAGAGUGAGUACAUGGUGAUCGAGGAACACAGGGGACUGAACAGCACCUUCAAGCACAACUUCCCGAUGACCGCCGCCACCGCAACCACGACAACCAUGACGCCUAACAACACAACCAACAGCCUCAAGAAGAAGAUGUUCACGGAUGUCUAGGCAACGAUGUCGCCGUGGAACCAUGAUGUCAUGACAAAGCCCUGACGUCAUAAUGAAAUCAUGGAUUCAUGUAUUUUCAACAAAGGCCGAAAGCGCUUUGAGUUG